AUGCCUAGCACAUCAGGACGGCCUUGGUGGAAGGACGCCGUCUGCUAUCAGAUCUACCCCGCCUCGUUCAAGGACUCCAACGGAGAUGGCCUAGGAGACAUACCCGGCAUCCUUAGCAAAAUAGACUACCUAAAGGAUCUCGGGGUUGACGCCAUAUGGAUUUCGCCCAUGUUUGACAGUCCACAGGUGGAUAUGGGAUAUGACAUCUCCGACUACGAGAAGGUCUAUCCUCCGUAUGGCACCAUCAAGGACAUGGAGGAGCUUAUAAAAGCUUGCCACGACAGGGGCAUGAAAAUAAUCUUGGACCUCGUCAUCAACCACACUUCGGACCAGCACGCUUGGUUCAAAGAGUCAAGGUCUUCAAAGGAUAACCCGAAGCGCGACUGGUACAUCUGGAAGCCUCCUCGAUAUGCUGAAGACGGCACGAGGCUGCCACCAACGAAUUGGAGGAGUUACUUCUCUGGACCGGCCUGGGAGUAUGAUGAGCGCACGGGCGAGUACUACCUCCAUCUAUUUGCCAAGGAGCAGCCAGACCUCAACUGGGAAAAUGAGGAGACCCGGAAAGCCAUAUACGACAGCGCCAUGCGCUUCUGGCUCGAAAAGGGCGUUGAUGGCUUCCGUGUCGAUUGCGUAAACAUGUACUCCAAGGGGGUCGAAUUCAAGGACGCCCCCAUCGUCGACGCAAAUUUCUACGAACAGCCCGCGUGGGUGUACUACGCCAACGGACCCAGGAUCCACGAGUUCCUCAGGGAGAUGAACGAGAAGGUGCUCAACGCCUACGACACCGUCACCAUCGGCGAGCUGCCACACACGCCGGACCCCAAGAAGGUGCUGCAGUACGUGGGCGCGAGCGACAAGCAGCUGAGCAUGGUCUUCCAGUUUGACAUAGUCGACAUCGGCCAGGGCCGCGAGCACAAGUACCAUUUCCAGGAAUGGAAGCUCCCGCUGUUCAAGGGCAUCGUGGCCAAGUGGCAGCAGUUCAUUGAAGGCACCGACGGUUGGACGACGGUGUUUUGCGAGAAUCACGACAGCCUACCUACCUACCCUCAACAACAAUACCCUAUGCUCACCACCAAAAAAAACCCCUUGCAAACAGACCAAGGCCGCUCGGUAAGCCGGUACGCCUCGGACGCACCUGAGCACCGAGAGCACUCAGCCAAGCUGCUCGCCCUACUCCUCUGCUCUUUAACGGGCACGCUGUUCCUGUACCAAGGCCAGGAGAUCGGCAUGGUCAACGUGCCGCGCGACUGGCCCAUCGAGAGCUAUCGGGACAUCGAGUCGGUCAAUUUUUAUCAUGCCAUGGCGGCCGCGACCAACAACGACCCGGCCGAGCUCGACUAUGUCAUGCGCAGCCUGCAGAUCCUGGGGCGCGACAACGCCCGCCUGCCCAUGCAGUGGGAUGGGGAUAAGGCUUAUGCUGGGUUUACCGACAGUGAAAAGGGCCCCUGGAUGCGGGUGCAUGACCUGUUCAGGGAGAUUAACGUUGCUAGGCAGCUGAGGGUAGGGGACAAGUCGGUGCUUGGGUUCUGGAGGAGGAUGAUCAGGUUUAGGAAGGAACAUGCCGCGGUGCUGGUGCAUGGCGAGUUUGAGGCGUUUGGAAUGGAGGAUGAGAAGACGUUUGUGUUUGGGAAGAAAGGUGGAAAGGAUGGGGAGAUGAGGGCGGCCGCGGUGUUGAACUUUUCUGGGGAGGAGCAGGAGGUUGAGCUGCCCAAUUAUGACGGGCUGGUGUUUGCGGUUGGGAGCUAUGAUGAUGGUGUUGAUGAGGGAGCUGGCGGGAGAGUGAAGAAGUUAAGACCGUGGGAGGGAAGGCUCUAUUUGGCUGGUUGCUGA